AUCGCAUAAGGAGGCUUCUAAAAGAGCACUCGGGCCGCUAUCUAGGUACCGAGUUCAACAUCAGCUUAUGGCGGCAAUUAGCCAUCGCUAUCAAUCGAAAAUACUGCUAUGGGCAGUUUGUCUAUGAAGAUGACGAUAACGAGAAGGGGGCGGAAGAAGACCGGCCCGAAGAUCUUCAGGCCGGCCAUACGACGUAUAUCGGAGAGGCCAUCUAUGCGCGUGGGUUGCAAGAAAUCUUUAGUACGUCGAGCAUGCGGGACAAGUUCUUGGCGGCUAGCAAAACAUGGCACCGCUUCUUAGGACUGGGCCAUACUGAGGGGAUGUUCAUCGGAAAGAGGCGGCUCGAGCCGUUCGAGGAGCAUUCGGCAGAG